ACUGCGGCAGUGUGAGUGGGGUUGUUGUUGUUUUAUUUUUCUUCUCUUCCUGGAAACAUUUGUUAAAGAACAGGGAAUUUUUUUUUAACAACACUCGCGUUCUUCACCAACUAAAGUUUGUGAGCUUGGAUAACUUUUUUGUUCAGCUUGAAGCGAACAACAUGUUUAAAGUCCACAUGUAUUGUCUGUAAACACAAACUCACUGUUAAUUCGUGGCUACUGCAUUGAACAGUAAAGAUUUGACGUGUUUGAGUAAAUGUGUUUCAUGUUAUAUGAUUGAUUUCUUGAUUGUCUUUAUGUCUCUCUAUAUGUUCUUUCCAGUGGGUCCAAUGUCCGGUUUCGAGCUGAUCCCGGUGCACGGCGGCGAUGCCAUCCACCUUCCCCCUGGAGAGAGCAUAGUGGGCCGGGGUCCUUUCCUCCGAGUGAAUGACAAGAGGGUGUCCAGACAUCACGGCCUGCUGAACAACCAAGAUGGACGACUGCGCCUCAAACCGCCACGUUGUUCCGGACACGACGAACAGACGCACUUGAACCCAUGCUUCCUCCAAUCAUCCCCCGCUGACGACCCUCGACCCCUGCAGAAAGACGUGUGGUGCCCCCUUGACCACGGAGACAUCUUCUCACUACUACCAGGACAGCUCAUGUUUCGAGUGGCGGAAGUGGGCGGACGAACAUUAAUCAGCCCCCUCAGAGUAAGUGCCACGUGUGAGGGCUAUGCAAACCCUGUUUCACGCCAGAGAACCCCUCCCACUUCUCCUGGUUGUCAUGGCGCCAAGCCAGAGGCGUCCAACCAGGAGGCGUCGUUAGCAGGAGAGGCUCUAACUGAGGACGACAAGGUGGGAAGGAAUGCGGUAGUCGCACCUUCACCUCGCAAGAAACGACUUUUACCUACGUGGAUGAUGGCGGCCGUUAACUCGUCCAGCGCCACCCUGAGCCGCCAAGUCGCCAAGAAAAGCCGACAGACGGAGCUCAGUGACGACAAGAAGACAGAAGUUCAGAAGAUAAGGAAAGGAGACGGAUGUGCAGACGUCGCGUCAUCGCACGAGGAUCUCGCCAACGUGGAAGAGGACAACAAUCAACUGCAGGACGAUGACAGCGUCACCAUGGAGAUGGAGCAGGAGGGCCAAGACCACGGAGAAGCCACAACCAGGAAGUGUGAUGUCACAACCAGGAAGUGUGAUAUAAUUCCGAGCAGUCAACAGAACACAAGCGCAAAAGCCAAAGAAAAAGACAAGUCCCCUUACAGACUGCGAACUGCCUGUCCAUAUGGAAAAGACUGCUACAGCAUACUUCCUGUUCCUCUCACUUCCUGGCCUCUCAGGAAGAACCCUCUCCACUUCAAGGAGUGCAGCCAUCCCGGAGACUCUGACUAUGAGGAAGAAGAGGAGGAAGAACGACCCGAGUGUCCCUACGGUAUCGACUGCUACAGGAAGAAUCCUCUUCAUCGCAAACAAUACAAUCACACAAAGAACGCAGCUCGCAGCAGGCGGGCCGCCACCAAGGCUAAGGCAGCAUCCGGUGUGGACUCUGAUUCCGACUCUGGUGACGGCUUCAUCAACGACGACAGCGACAACGUCGAUGCCGACUCUGACUACGCCCCUCCGCCUGACUCUGACUGAUUCCUGUCACCUGAAUCCUACUAGGAUGAGAAUGUGAAACAACUGCAGAGAGCAUUCCAGGCCUUUAUCAAAGGCAGCAAGUAGACCUGAUGCAGAUGUAACAGGUUACACUAUACUGUUCAUUUCACCCAAAGCACUCCCAUUAUCAUCACCAUUAAGGAUGAAUACACACUAACACCGAAAUAUAAACGUUUUCUAUUGUAAGUGUGAGAUUAGCGUGUGAGCUGGUGUGCGCGGUCCGGAGGGUGACGUCAUGUACGUGCGCGCACCUGGCCAUUCUCGCUCUUGAUGUGGCCGAGGUAAGACAUGUACACUGCUCUCUCCCAAUAGUCGCGGCAAUUAAAGUAAUAAAACAAAAUGUCAUAGUGAAUUUGUCGCACUAUGUUGAUGAAUACUAUGUUGAAGAUAUAUGAAUACUGUGUCUGUCCCCUAAAACCAUUUUCUGUCCGGCUACAUUUUCAAUAAACAUCAGAAUAUUUUCUGUAGACGAGACGAGCUAAUGUUCCCAGCGUGGUUAGCAAGUAGCUUAGUUCUCGAGACUUCGAGCAAUGCGGUCAAUUAAUAUGAUACAGGAAGUCCUCGAUUUACGGAACUCGUUCGUAAAUCGAGGACUACACUUGCCACUGCCACAGUGUGUACAGUGGCAAGUGUAGUGACGGCGACCGGGGAAGAGUAGGGAUUAGCGGAGGAUCCGUUGACGUUGAAUUUGCAGAGGAGCUAAUAAAGCCAUUAAAGCAGCAAA